UUUCUAACCCAAAAUGGGAAAACAGAUUGUUACCAAUAUUCUUCUAGCUUGCCUCUUGCUUGCAGCUUCUCACCACCAAUUUUACUCUACCAAAUUCUUGGUUCAAGCUAUUCCAUCAGUUGAGUUCAGUGUUAGAACUCCACAACCUAGCUCAAUGGCACAUAAGGGGACAGUUUUCCCUACUUGGGCUGAAAGGAAGAAACAUCGUAGAGCUCCAUCUGGGCCAAACCCUGUGGGAAAUCAGCACCCUCCAACUAGGCCUUGAACGGAAGCUACUCUUAAAAGCAUAGUUUUCUUCUCAGUUUUCACAAAUUUUAGAUCAUGCAGGUUGGAGAAACCUAGAUCCUUAGGUUUAUUGUGCUUGUACAAAAAGGGAUUUUACUUAAAACAAUAUUUGUCUGAAAGUAGUUGUUACUUAGAAAAUUGCUACUUCUUAGCUGUCUAAUAAGUUAAACAAGAAUAAUCUAUUGCAGCUAAAAUGAGUAUAGUUUUCUGCAGUUUCAGUCAGUUUCAGCGUUGUUUCUCUUUUUCUCCUACAUUCAAUAAAUAUUAAGAAUUGACAUCA